CAUAAACACACAGCUGAAAACUUGCACGGCUUGAGGAGUGGAUACAAAAGAAACUGGAGCUUGCAUGAAGGAUCACAUUGUUUCUCUGCACCGAUUCACGCCUAACGGAAUUUCUAUCAAUCUGAGACGGUGCGGGCUGUGAUAUAUCUCUGAUUCGGCUUCAGGAUGAUGAAGUUUAGGUUCAGACGGCAGGGAAAUGACCCUCAUCGUGAGAAAAUCAAGCAGGAUCUAUUUGCAUUCAAUAAGACAGUUGAACAUGGAUUCCCAAACCAGCCAAGUGCUUUGGCCUAUGAUCCCACACUGCAGCUUAUGGCCAUUGGAACUAAAUCAGGGGCCAUCAAAUUAUAUGGCGCUCCUGGGGUGGAGAUGACUGGACUUCAUAAAGACACUGCUGCUGUCACUCAGAUACACUUCCUCUAUGGACAGGGGAGGAUACUUUCUCUUUUGGAUGAUAACACCAUUCACCUAUGGGAGAUUGUGCAGAGAGAAAACCGCUCACAUUUGAUAGAGGUUCACAGCUUCAAUCUGCCUGGCAGGCCAGGCAUUGAGAGCACCAAUGCGACACGUGUGACCGUCAUGCUGUUGAAGCUGGGCUGUGAUCUUCUUGCUCUGGGCACUGAAGGUGGCGGGGUACACUUUCUGGAACUGCCCACCCUCACGUUGCUGAACAAGUCGCUGUUCCAGGACGAGGUCAUGCAGAGUGUUCCAGAAGAGUACAAGUGUGGAAAAUCAUUGGGGCCUGUGGAGUCCCUGCAGGAACAUCCAAAAGACUCUGAUAAAAUCCUCAUUGGUUACAGCAGAGGUCUGGUUGUACUCUGGGACCUCAACAGUCGGCAUGUAGACAACCUUUUCCUGGGAAAGCAGCAGCUGGAGAGUUUGGUCUGGGAACGGUCCGGGAACAGCUUUGUUAGUUCCCAUAGUGAUGGCGGAUACAUGGUGUGGGCUGUCAGCAGCAGCAAUCCCUGCACCUUUGACCCGAUCUCAUCCACCAUACCAUAUGGCCCCUUUCCCUGCAAAGCCGUGAACAAGAUCCUGUGGAGGACAACAGAAUCAGGAGCUCCUCUAGUGUUGUUCAGUGGUGGUAUGCCCAGAGCCAGCUAUGGAGACAGACACUGCUUAACCAUCCUGCAGGACAGCAGCCACGUCACCCUGGACUUCACUUCGCGUGUCAUAGACUUCUUCACCAUUCACUGCACAGACAGAGAUAAGGAAUUUGAUGAGCCAUCAGCCCUUGUGGUUCUUUUGGAAGAGGAGCUGGUAGUGAUUGAUCUUCAAAUUGCUGGCUGGCCCACUGUCCCUGCUCCCUAUCUGGCUCCUCUGCACUCCUCCGCUAUCACCUUUUCAUGUCACAUCUCAAACGUGCCUCCCAGGUUUUGGGAGAGAGUGAUCAGUGCUGGCCAACAGCAGUGUCCUUUGCAGAACUAUGAGAAUUGGCCAAUUUGUGGAGGGAAAAACUUAGCACCUGAUCCAAAGCAAAAAGAACUACUGUUAACUGGUCAUGAGGACGGUACAGUGCGCUUCUGGGAUGCGUCGGGAGUGUCGCUCAAACCUCUGUACAAACUGAGCACAGCGAACAUCUUUCAGACAGACUGCGACCACAACGACAGCUUGACGCAGGCUGGGGAGGAGGAAUGGCCUCCUUUCAGAAAGGUGGGCUGUUUUGACCCAUACAGUGAUGAUCCUAGACUAGGAAUCCAGAAGAUCAGCCUCUGUAAAUACAGUGGAAAACUGGUGGUGGCUGGAACAGCUGGACAAGUUAUAGUUAUGGUUCUAAGCGAUGAGAAGUCAGAUCAUAUGAUUGAUGUGGCCACGGUGGACCUGCUUCAGGACCGAGAGGGUUUUACGUGGAAGGGUCAUGACCGGCUGCCUCCUAAGAUGGGCCCGGUAGUGUUUGCUCCUGGAUUCCAGCCGGUUGUCCUGGUGCAGUGCAUGCCGCCUGCGGCCGUUACUGCAGUAACCCUGCACGCAGAGUGGAACCUCAUUGCCUUUGGCACCAGUCAUGGCUUUGGCCUCUUUGACUACCAUCGGCGGAGUUCGGUGCUGGCGAGGUGCACCCUACACCCCAAUGACUCUCUGGCUAUGGAGGGCCCGCUGUCUCGAGUCAAGUCUCUGAAGAAAUCCCUGCGCCAGUCCUUCAGACGAAUCCGGAAGAGCAGAGUCUCAGGAAAGAAACGUGCCGUGGUUAAUAGUCCCACCGGUAAAGUGCGGGAGGCUAACGCCCAGUUGGCGGAGCACGAUGCUGAGGUGACGCCGGUGCAGAGACGGAUUGAGCCCCGUUCUGCAGACGACUCUCUGUCUGGGGUGGUGCGCUGCCUCUGCUUCGCUGACACAUUCCUCAGAGAUGGAACGCAUCAUGGCCCUACAAUGUGGGCCGGCACAAACUCUGGCUCGGUGUACGCAUACGCUCUGGACGUACCCUCGCAGGAGAAGUUCUCUGAGCAGAGUGUGGAGGCCCUGCUGGGGAAAGAGAUCCAGCUCAUGCACAGAGCUCCAGUGGUGUCCAUCGCUGUGCUGGAUGGUCGAGGAACCCCUCUGCCAGAGCCGUAUGAAGUCUCCAGAGAUCUGGCCAAAGCUCCAGACAUGCAGGGCAGCCACUCAGUUCUUAUUGCUUCUGAAGAGCAGUUUAAGAUUUUCACGCUGCCUAAAGUAAGCGCAAAAACCAAGUUCAAGCUGACCGCCCAUGAGGGCUGUCGAGUACGGAAGGUGGCGCUGUCGAACUUCACCAGCGUGAGCUCUGAAGAGUACUCUGAGAACGCUUUAGUGUGCCUUACCAAUCUGGGUGACCUCCACGUGUUCAGUGUGCCAGCACUGAGACCGCAAGUCCGCUACGACUGCAUUCGCAAAGAAGACAUCAGUGGCAUUGCUUCCUGUGUGUUCACAAAGACUGGACAAGGGUUCUACCUGAUUUCGCCCUCGGAGUACGAGCGCUUCUCGCUGUCAGCUCGUGUGAUCACAGAGCCACUGUGCCGAAUGGAUGUGGAGCGACCUCACGAUCUCUCUGAACACAGCACGACGCUCCCACCACAGGCUAAUGGAACACACAAGACACAAGCAGAGAGCAAGUCUGUUGAAACUGAAGGUCUUUUGGAGGAAAUGAGGAGCGCUUUGUCAUCCCCCGUCCUGGAUUCUCCCAACAGCAGUGCCGACAUCACUCUGGACACCACUGGCGAUCUCACCGUUGAGGACGUCAAAGACUUCUUAAUGACUGUGGAUGAAGCUGAGAAUAACUUCAGGAACAUCACAGAGGAGGAUGGGAGGCCUCCUGGAAUUCUCAUCAACUGAGGCGAGCCGGCAGACAGCUGGAGGAGCAGUUAUGGAUGAAAACUCAUCAGCUGAACUCAUUACUUCAAAUUGGAUCUUAACAGAGCUGUUUGCAGAGCAGACUCCGGAAGUUGCACCAAACAUUGUUCAUUUUUACAGUGGGAAUUUUGCACUUUUUUUCCCCCUGUGCCAAAAGACUGAAUGAUUCAUUCUAUUAUCCUGUUCUCCUUCACCUUUCCUCCAGUUUUCCUUUCCCACAACCAUUGGUUCCUUUCAGGGGCCAUAAAAUGGUACAUUUGAGAGGUGACUUUUAAUGGUAUGAGGGGAUAAAACAGCCAAGAUGUGUUGCACAAUGUCCGUACGACCGACGGUAGGGGGGCUGCUUGCACUGACCCCAUUAAGUUUUUCUUCGUUUGUCUUUCAACAUUCCUCUUUUCUCACGUCACCUCUCUUCUCACUGUGUGCCAUUAAUUUGCUUAUGCUAAAUCAAAUCGAAAUACUUGUAUUCAGAAGUUUAUAUUUAGCCUUAUCAGUUGAUUUUCCUAGAAUACAUGGCUGCUACAGUAAAGUUUAUGAAUCUUAAUGGUACUUUAGGGCAAACAACUGCUCCACAUAGGUUAUGUUUAUCAUGGCACAACAGAAAAUAACCAUUAAAACAUAAGGCAAAACUGAAGCUGAAACAUAUAAAGUGCCCUGCUCAUUUACUAAGGAGAACGGUAUAUAGUCUGUAUGAAGCGUUUACUUUUUUCCCCUCCUUACAGCCUUUUUAUCUAUAUAUAUAUAUAGAUAUAUGAUACUGUGAUGGUUUCUGACCACAAAUCUAUUGAAAAGUUCAAGUUAUGGACCCUGUGGGUUUGAUAGAGAUAUUUUCAUUUCAUUCAGUCAUCUUUAUUUUUUUUUAAAUAAUGUCCCUUAACCACUUGCCAUUGUAAGUAAUUCUGGCAGUUAACUGUGAAGUGUGUAAUUUGAAGGAACAUGGUGUGUAUGUAACCUUUCAGUAUUCUCCUCUUUAAUUCUAACUAGUUUGUUUUUGCCACAGUAUUAACACAUUAUGAAGGAGCUAAUGACUUUUUCUAUUUACACCGUAUUCUUUAGAAUAUUUUUUUAUGGCUUAUAAGGGUUGGUAUUUUAUAGAUAUUUCACUGGCAUUAGGCAUUUCUAACACUGCAUUUUGUGGGGCAAUUAUGUGUAGUAGAAAUGACUUCUAUUGGUGGUAGUGUAGCUAAUAGAGGGAAAGAAUCAAUAGGACACACGUUUUGCACAGACACAUUUGGAUGCUCAGAUCAGAUAAUACAAAUGUUAGUCAGUGUGCUUUUAGAAGUAUGACUUUAAAAGUGAAAGGCUCUAGUUACAUUGUAAAACUGCACAUAAACAAUUUGCUUGGUAUUGACGCAUUCUCCAUGCAUAUUCCCAGGUUUUUGUUUUGUUCGUUACAUCUCCAAGGGCCCUCACUAAUGGUAGUUGAUUUAAUUUUUGUUUGUAUAUUUUUGCCUUACAUAACCUUAACUUUCCAUCCAGCACCUAUCCUGUGAACGUAUUUAAUUUUUAUUUUUAUUGUGUAGAAUUUUAAUUUGAGAUAUUGCAAUGCUAAUGAAAUCUUGAAUGUUAAUAAAGUAUUUACUUCAUA